CCAACCUUUACAUCGUUCACUCAGUAAUGGUCGUGUACCUAAUGGUUUCUUUUAAAAAUACUAAUUGGUGAUGUGUUAACUAAUUAGUUUAGUCUACCGCUAUUAAGUUACUACAGUGAUUGUGAUACCUACCCAGUUGCAACUGCGAUAUUAUACAACACAAUUAAAUUUUAAACUGCGGUGAAAAUUUGUGUACUUUUGUGUUCGGUGUAUGCGAGUUUUCUUUUUUUCUUAAUUUGUUUUUUAAAAAAUGGCCGAAGAAUCGCAAGUAUCGGCGUUUUACGCGCAUAAAAAAAUCUUGAUUACCGGAGGCAGUGGAUUUAUGGGUAAAGUGUUAAUAUGGAAGUUACUGCACAGUUGCCCCGAACUGGACACAAUUUACAUGCUAAUGCGAUCGAAAUGGGGUAAAAAUUCAAUAUCUCGUAAAGAUGACAUUUUCAGCUCGCAGAUGUUCGAUAAUCUUAAAAAAGAUUAUCCCGAGGCACUCGACAAAGUGGUAUUGAUAACUGGAGAUGUUGGAGAGGAAGGGAUAGGAUUGUCGGAUGAAGAUCGAGAUACCUUGAUUAACGAAGUAUCCAUCAUAUUCCAUAGCGCAGCUGUUUUAAAAAUGGAUCUAGAUUUACGCACAGCUGUUAAUGUAAAUACUGUGGGAGCCAUCAGGAUGUUGGAUGUGGCUGCGAAAAUGAAAAAAUUAGAAGCGUUUGUGUACAUUUCUACGGCGUUUUGUUGUUGCGAAAAUUUCACAGUGGAAGAAAAAAUUUACCCCGCAAAGCACAACCCAUACGAUAUUAUAAAUCUAACUCAGUGGAUGGAACCUGAAUUUUUGGAAAAAAUCACACCUCAAUUAAUUCAUCCGUUACCGAAUACAUACAUUUAUAGCAAACGACUAACCGAAUCCUUACUGCUGGAUUACCAAUCAAAAGUUCCCCUUAUCGUUGCGAGGCCCAGCAUAGUGAUCCCUUCACACCAAGAACCAUUGCCAGGUUGGAAUGAUAACCUUAAUGGGCCUGGAGCAUUUUUUGUAAUUGGAGGUAAAGGUCUGUUACGUACUACUAUGAUGAAUGGAGAUGGAAAAGCCGACCUAGUUCCAGUUGAUAUAUCGAUUAAUGCUAUAUUAAGUUUACCCUGGGCUAAUCCAAAAGAAAAAUUAUUGGAAGAAAUCAGCGUAUAUAAUAUCACACAAACAGCACACAAAGACUUAACAUGGGGCAAACUGACGAAGCUAGCUGUGAAAUGUUUCGAUUCAUAUCCAUUUGAUAACAUCCUUUGGUACCCAAGUUCCGAUCCUUUCACCAAAAGCAUUCUAGUAUACACGAUCAAGUGUAUUUUUCUACAUUAUUUACCAGCCUAUAUCAUCGAUUUCAUUCUAAGGAUAAUGGGCGAAAAAACUUUCAUGGUCCGAUCCCAUGAUAAACUCAGACAAGGCGAAAGAGUACUGCGAUAUUUCACUCAACAGAAAUGGGAAUUCCGGAAUGAUCACCUUUUACAAUUGGACGAACAAUUGAAUGAGGUCGAUAAGAAAAAAUUCAUAUUCAACAUGAGUAGGCAGGGCGAUGUUAUAGCAUACAUGAAGAACGCGGUACUCGGAUCUAAAAUUUAUAUUUUCAAAGAAGACGUCAAAAACAUGGAUCGUGCAAAAAGGACUGCGAAUAUAAUGUACGCGUUGGACAGAAUAGCCUUCAUAUUUAAAUUCUACAUCUUAUGGAAAAUUAUCACAUUGGUGUUCAAUAUGUUCUUGAGUGCAAUUGAAUGGUAUCAGAAUUCAUUCUAAGAAAGAAUGAAAGAAAAAACGUAUUUUUCCUAGCCAAUAAUCUACUGUUUCGCAUCUCAACAAAACAUCUUUUAUAGGGGCGAAGAGACCAGGGGGCAGGGGGUUCUAUCCUCUCUAGACAUUUUGGAAGUUGGCAAAAGUUGGAAAUUUUGAGUGGCAAGUUGGCGAGUUGGCAAUUUUGAAUGUUCAAUGAUGAAAUGACAACUCUGAAAUUUUUGUGUAAUUCCUGAACAAAUUUUCGCCCAUGCUCCGCUCAGCUAAUAUUUUAGACUUCUCUUCAUAAUUCGGAAUUUUAAAAAACUCGCCAUCAAAUUCACAUUAUAUUUUAUCAUUUUUCAUCUAAGUAUACUUAAGAAGGUUCUUUCAAUUUUACCAGCUCUUUAAUUUUUUUAAAAAAGUAAUAGGUAUUCCAACAAAUCGCAAAGUGUUGAACAAAUUACCAAUAACUUUUACACGUGUUUAAAGUACAUAUCAUGUUGGGAAGGCAUGAAAAAAUGCUGCGUUCAUCUAAUAAACGUAGUAACAAGCUGAGUUGUUGAAAAUUGGCAUUUUCAAGAUUCUUCUCCCCUCCCCUCCUAAUAAAAUUGGUUUACUACGUCCCUAUCCUUUGCGAGUUUAAGACUAUGCAAAACGCAUGUAAUAUAAUACAAUGUACAAAAUUAUACGUACUUAGUUAGACUUACAUUUACUAUUAGUACUCAGCAGUUUAAGCAUUAUUUAGGUAUUGAAAAUCGCCAUACAACCUUUAAAAUUGAAUACCUAUUCCGUUUUAACACUUAUUUGACGGUUCUCCUGUACAGUAAUUACCUAUCUGCAGCUGUUGAACCAUUGAUGUUAUGUUAUUGAGAUUUUUUAUGCAUUUUAAUAAAAUUUUAUUUUUUUUGUGA